CCAGAAUCAAGUUCAGUCGCGCCGCAAACGCGUUGCGGAAAUGUUUUGUUGUGAGCAUCGUCGGCAACAGCUGCAGAGGAAACGCAUCACAUUUAAAUCACAUAUCCUGCUCUUACGUAGUUCUGCUACGUGCCGCUAGAAUCACUCGCGUUAACAACAACACUCAAAUCCAGAGGGGAUAACGUUUAACUAAUCGCAGCAGUGAAGACCUCUUUCGUGCUCUCGCCCUCGUUCCACGAUGGCUCUGGCGCUAAAGACGCUACUGCUGGCGCUGCUGCUCAGUCAGACGCUUCCGUCGAGCAUUGGCUCCGCGGUACUCAUCUCCGAUAUGACUAUGACCAUGAUGGUGGAGCUGUCGUCGCGUCAUCCCUUCUGCAAAAUGCACACGGAUCGCGGCGACAUUCAACGCAUGCUGCUGCAAUCCGAUCCUCGACGCAUACGCCAGGUACCGCGCGAGUCCGUCGUCGAACUUGAGGAGGUUUGUCGUCGGCAAGGAUCCUAUGGUCAUGAAUUCCGUGGCGGACUGGGCUUCAUUUAUCCGGGCACCAAGUGGUGCGGUCCCGGCACCUCGGCGGUCAAUUAUGAUGAUCUGGGUCAGCAUGUGCGCGAGGAUCGCUGUUGUCGCGAGCACGACAUGUGUCCCGACGUGCUCAACGUGGGCGACUGUCGACGUGGCCUCUGUAAUCGCGGCACCUUCACACGAUCCCAUUGCGAUUGUGAUGCACGCUUCCGACGCUGCUUGCAGGCGGCCAACACGGAGACAGCCAAUACGCUGGGCGCGAUCUUUUACAAUGUGGUGCAGGUGACGUGCUUCCAGGAGCGCAGUCCAUGCUCGGCCCACCAGAGAGCGGGCUACAAUCAAACGGAGCAGGAGGCCAUCUGCGCACAGUGGCAAUAUCAGCCAUCGGAAAAAUAUGUGCCCAGCCAGCCGCGCACGUCGUAGAUAGCAAGAGACGACCUGGAACUAUUCAAGUGACCCUACCUGGAAACGAAUACAAAUCUACAAUAUCACUUUAGCAAUUUACUAUAGUAUUUUAUGUAUUCCACCGCGCCCCCCAAAUUCUGUGCACCGCGUUCUGUCCACAGAAUCACUGUGCCAAAAAUCAAUAAUACAACAUGGCGAAUAUAUUUUUCAUAAGCAAAAAAAAAACAGAAAAAAAAAACAAAAAAAAAAUAAA